AUGGUACGGGUAUCAGUGCUAAAUGAUUGUCUAAAUAGUAUUGUUAAUGCAGAAAGACGAGGAAAACGACAAGUUCUUGUUCGACCAUCGAGUAAAGUUAUCAUCAAAUUCUUAACUGUUAUGCAAAAACAUGGAUAUAUUGGUGAAUUUGAAGAAAUCGACGAUCAUCGUAACGGCAAAAUUGUUAUUCAGCUAAAUGGUCGUCUUAAUAAAUGUGGUGUUAUUUCUCCCAGAUUUAAUGUUAAACUUAAAGAUAUUGAAUGUUGGGUCACACGUCUAUUACCAUCAAGACAGUUCGGAUAUAUUGUUUUAACAACUAGCUCAGGUAUCAUGGACCAUGAUGAAGCUCGAAGAAAACACGUAGCAGGAAAAAUUAUUGGAUAUUUUUACUAA